AUGAGCAACAAUACUCCCAGCGACGGCUCGUUGGCUGAAGUUAUAAAUUCCUUGAAAUUCAUUCAGCAGACUCAGUCCGAUCUUGUAGCCGCUGUUGACUCCUUGAAUCAACGAUAUCAGCAGCUGCCUGUUGAGGCUGAUGUCGCCACACUUGGUCCGAAUACAUCUCUCGGUGAGAUCUCUGAGAGAUCUCAAACCGCCGAGCCUUCCGAUGCUGUUGGUGAUUCUGCCAAGAGCUCUUCGUCCGAUUUGACCUUGCAGGCCCCAGCUGUACCCUCCUCGCCCAGUCAGCGAUCCGGUCUGACCUCCCGCAUCAUCCUAACGACAUACCCAAAGCAAAUUGGCAUCAACCCACUUCCUAUGAAAUGGGGCGAGUCUGACCCCCAUUGUCGUGGUCCAGUUGUUGUUUCUCGGUCAUCGACCACCAUUGGAAGACGCAACGGUCUCGGUGGUUCAUACUCCAUCUACUAUGCCCUAGCUGUCGCGAGCAAACAACUGAAUCUCGAGCAUAGGCCCGACUUCACCAACACGGAGCCGGCUGCCAAAAUUGGCCCCUUUCCUCAAUGGGGCGAUCCCAAGAAGAUUGUCGCCAUGGACCCUUGGGGCCACCUGUCUCCCUGGCUCUUCAAGGACACUAUUGAGAAGCACAAUGUGGACAUUCGCCCAACCAUCGCCAUUACCAAAGCACACAUGAAGCUUCCCGAGCUGGAGGAGAGCGUCAAGAGUGGAAGACUUGUCCCUGACGGUAAGGUCUGCCUGAACGAGCUCGGAGAGCUGGCUGUAACUAAGUUCGCCGUUGAACCGGUUUGGUAUCUCCCUGGCGUGGCUGAAAGAUUCGGCAUCGACGAGGGGGCCUUGCGAAGGUCUCUCUUUGAACACACUGGUGGCAGCUACCCUGAAUUGAUUACUCGCAACGAUAUCAAAGUGUUCCUGCCUCCUAUAGGCGGCCUCACGGUAUACUGCUUCGGCGAUCCGGCCAAGAUGUCUGACGAGUCUGUGAGACUCGCUUUGCGCAUCCACGAUGAGUGUAAUGGUAGCGAUGUGUUUGGUUCCGACAUCUGCACAUGCCGCCCUUAUCUCAUCUUCGGCAUCGAAGAGGCAGUCAAAGAGGCCCAGAAUGGCGGCAGUGGUGUCGUCAUUUACUUCCUUGUGUACAACGCCCGUAAGCGCGGCGAAGACCGAGCAUCGGACUACUUCAAAAGAACAGAGAACAUUGCGGGAGUGAAGGACAUGCGCUUCCAGGCGCUCAUGCCUGAUAUUUUGCACUGGCUCGGAAUCCGCAAGAUUGACAGGAUGCUGAGCAUGAGCAAGUCAGACAAGGGCAAGGAUGAUGUCAUUCCAUGUGCUGAUUGGAUCUUUGUUGACGAGUCCUUUAGAAUUCCUAUCCACGAGCGUGUUGAGCUCCCCGACGAAUGGAUUCCCGCAGACUCUCGUGUCGAGAUUGAUGCAAAGAUUACCGCAGGUUACUUUACCGCCGGAAAGCGCAUGACAGAAGAAGAGUUGAGAGCUGUGCAGGGUAGGAUGUGGGAAGAUCUCGACCAUUAG